AUGACUGAACUUGAUUUUGAUUCUUUAGUUCAGUUAGUCGAAAAGCAUUUCUCACAAACAUCAGGAACUAACGAAGAAAGAGUCCAAGAGUGGAAACAGCUUGAUAGACUUGCCAGCCGAAUUGAUUUUCUUCCUUUUGCUUAUCAAAUUGCAAAAUCGAAGCUAAAUUCACUACACGCAGAGUACUUUUCCUUUUUGGCAAUGACUACUAUCAUUGAAAGGAGAGGAUGUUUGCUAGAUGCUCAACAAUUACUCGAACAUCUAUUAUUCCUUCUCCAAUUCAUACAAGAGAACGUGAAUUUCUUUUCAACACAAAUAAGUAUCCUAAAUCAAGCUGCAUCUGCUACUUCUAUCACAAUGCGCCAAUUAAUUGAAAAAAAUACUCCAAUUGAUUCAUUUAUGGACAAAAUUAUGUCGAUUCUCGAAUCAAGCAAUGAUGGGAGAUACGUAGUUUUGAAUAUAAUUGAUACUUUCAUUGAAAUAAUGAACAAUACGUACCAUUAUAUCGAUUUAUUUACACAACAAAAGAUAAAAACCAUGUUUUGUUCAUCAAUAUUGCCAAUUCUUAUUACUACAGCCUUAAAUUCCUUAAGUCAAGAUUCAAAAAACAGUAUAGCCGCCUUAAAAGUAGUUUCUGAUGGUCUUAAAGCAGCAUCACAAGCCAAUUCAGAACAGUUUCAAUUUCUUUCGUAUCCUGCAUCGUUUACAGCCAUUUAUCACGAUGAUUCUUUCUUAACUGCGAUAUUUAAUCAAUUACAGUCUCCAAACAAAGAAGUUAAGCGUGAAUUGUUCAAAGUACUCGAUUUCUACCUCAGAGCAAGCACCAGCAUGUGGGCAACGAAAGAUGAAAUGUAUCAAUUUUUAUUAUUUUCAGCAGACCAGUUCAAACAAGUUAUUAUGGACUUACAGAUCGAUGAAGAGUAUAUACAAUACGUUUGCUGCUCAAUUGCUCACAUUUGCCAUCAAAUUCAAUCUGAACAUUUUCCUGUUGAUAGAACAUGGAUUGAAUUCAUCAACACGAUCGGACAAUUCUCGACAAAGAUAUUUCAGACCAAGUUUUCUCAUAUUUCAAAUACAAUCGUGAUAUGGAAUUUUGUAACCGAAAUGCAGUUAACUGCAGACAUUCAGAGCGAUGUAUCCGUGUUUGUUUUCGAUGUUCUUAAGAAUAUUGUCCUUUCAGCCCUCGAACAAAUUCAAAAUUCAGAUGAUUUCGCAGAUCUCGCUGAAAAUGCAAGUUUAUCAUAUGACAGUGGAGAUCUUAGGCAUAUUUGGGAGUCCACUAAGUUCUGCCACCCAGAAUUUACUCAAUUUAUUGGAGAAAUCUUUGAUCAAAAAAUUUCAGAGGCUUCAUCUCCAAAUUGUACUGCUGCAACACUAAUACAGCUUCAGUUCUUGAUAUUGCUUGCUUCCGCUCGUUUCCACGGCAUAAAAGUCUUCCAAGGAAACGUUUCUAAUAUUAACUUUGCAGAAUCCGAAGAAUUUCUCUCCGAAAAGAUUUCUUUGUUCAUUCAGUCUUCGCAGAAACACAUUGGAGCAUACGCUGUACAAAUCGGUGAACCAGCAAUUGAAUUGGAACGAUCAAUUGUCACUUUUGGUCGUGAAUUCCUUCUUUGUCACUUUUCAAGUAGUGAUAACUACGGAACCAACCCAUAUGUUCCUAUGAUGACUGUUCUUCUGAAUCGACUGACGUAUGAUCUUGUAUUGUUCAACGAUUCAGAUGGAACAUUUAAGUUAUUGGAUGACAUUUUGAAUUUGAUUGAGAAAUGCGUUAGCCGCAAGCAAUCCAACGCAUUAUUAAGAAACAUUGAGCUUAUACAGAACUUGUAUAACCGCAAUAUUUCGAUAGAAUUCGAAGGACUUCAAAAUCCGGAAGAACAUUGCGAAGUUCGCAAGAAACUCUAUGAAAUGUAUGCCAAAUUGAUUACAUCUCGUAGUAAUUUCCUCGAAUUCCUCAAUGCUUUUGAGCAAAGAUUUAAAGAAAUAGAAUCGAACCCGACACCGCUUUCAGUCAUUGAUUUAUAUUCUGACUUGAGUGGUGUUGUAAUUGGUCUGUCUGUUGAAACUUUUAUUCGUAAAUUUGUCCAAUGGAUCUCAGAAAACUACGUAGACACAACUGUGGCUCUAAUUAAUGCCUGCUCCGGUGAUGCAACCUUAGUUAGCAUCAUUGUAUCGCUCUGGACAAAUAUAAUAAAGAAAGCUGAUUUCUUCAAAUUUACAGGGACAGGAAUCAUGCUUUUCAGAGCAGCCACACAAAUAUGUGGAGCAGUUGCAGAGAACGUCGUUGGAGAUGCUCCAGAAGCAGUUCGAGCUGAACAAAUGGAGAUGUUGAUUCAACUCAUCAAUGCUGCUUUAACAAGUAAUAUCGCUAACUUCGGAUUAAUGAAACAUUACGGAGAUACGUCUGCCGAUGAAUUAAUUGCAUUAUUCUUCAAUGGAGUACUUUCAUUGCAGUAUAAUGGGAUUAAAGAUGGUAAUAAGGUCGCUAUGGUCUUAGAAACACUUUCUGCCAUAACACAAGACUCCGCAAAUGAAUUAUUACCUUAUGAAGAUCGAAUGGAAGCUGUUUUAUCGUUUACUGCUGCUUGUUUCGAUGAUAUCAAUAAGGAAACAUGGCAAAAGAACUGGGAUGUCGUAAGACCUUUGUUCUUCGCCGUUGCAGAAAGUGGAAAUUCCAAACUUUUGUCACUUUUUAGAGCUCAUUUUACAUAUGUAUUGAGUGCUAUUAUUACAGUUAAUGAUUUAUUCACGUUUUCGAGUGUAGAACUGAUUAUAUUGAUGAAUGAAGCAGAUCAGGCGUUUACUUCCUCUGCAUUUCAGAGUUUAGUUUCGAUGUACGAUCCAAAGUUCCAAGGAACGGUCAUCGAGGAGAUAAAUAACUUGCUGAAUAAGGAGAAAGGCUCGGUUAAUGAACGAGCACCUGUUUUCCAUAACGCAAUGAAACAAUACCCGACAUCGUUGGUUGAUAAUCCAUUCUUUGCUGAAUAUUAUUAA